AUGUCACGAGGUGGUCGAGGUGGCUUUGGCCGUGGAGGUGGUAGAGCCGGUGGUGGCGGCUCGAACAUGCCACCCAUGGGUCUCAGCUUUCAAGAGAUUAGCCUGGUUGACAAGACUCCCUCCAAGCUAUACCCAGAGCCGCCCACGGUUCCAAGAAUGGAGAGACCGGACGACAAGGAGAUCCGCUACGCCUCGUAUCAGCUCAUGUAUCUGCAAGAACAAAAGACAUCCGCCUACUGGCCUACACUGGAGCAAAGGAAGCAGAGCGAUCUGACGCGCUUCUCCGAUCGCUAUCGUCCGGAAGCGCAAGACCUACCCUCGCUCAAAACCAUCAACCUUCAAAAAGAGGUCUUUCCAAAGGGUCUCUGGGAUGCAUUCAUGGAAGGCGAGACAAAGCGAGAAGAGCUCAAAGCCAAGAAAAAGGCCCGACGCAAGAUCAACUGGGACUCGAUCGACCUCGAAGAUCGUGUCGGGGCGGACGACGAUCUCGGCGACGCAUCCUCCGAGCCCGAAGAUCUGGGCGACUACGAAGAUGAGGUGGACGACGACUAUGCCGAAAACUACUUUGACAAUGGCGAGGACGACGAUGUGGGCGAUGACGAUGGUGGCGAGCCGGCCUACGACUGA